GAGAAACCCGCGGAACCGGGAGAGGGAGGAAAGGAGAUGAGAUGGGGUUUCAUCAUGUUGGCCAGGCUGGUCUCGAACUUCUGACCUCAGGUGAUCUGCCUGCCUUGGCCUCCCAAAGUGCUGGGAUUACAGGGAUUUACUGACUGACAAUGGCAGAAAAAAUCUUAAAGAAGUUAGAUGUCCUUGAUAAGCAAGCAGAGAUAAUCUUGGCCAGAAGAGCAAAGAUAAACAGGUUUCAGAAUGGAGGAAGAAAAACAACUAUGCCUAUACCCCUGACAUUUGAUUUUCAGUUGGAAUUUGAAAAGGAUAGUGCUACUUCCACAUCUGAGGCAAUAUCAAAGAUCAGAGAAGACAAGUCAUGUGGCGUUACAAAAUCAAAAAUGCAUGCCUCUUUCAAAUGUGAGCCUGAACCUAGAAAGAGUGAUUUUGAAAAGUCAAAUUUAAGACCAUUCUUUGUUCAAACAAAUAUAAAAAAUCAAGAAAGUAAGUCAACAGAGCCAGUAGAAGAAAAUCUAAAAUCAAGAUCUAUUAGACCCUAUCUUUAUCUUAAGGAUACAACUGAGAUGGAAAAUGCAGGGUGUUCAAAUGUUCUGUAUUCACAACAUAGACAAGCAUGCAGAAGAUCACUGGGUUCUACAGACUUUUCUCCUACAUUCAACGUUCAGUCUAAUACUCAUGAAAAGGAAAAAGACUCUACUUUAUUUACAGCUCAAAUUGAAAAAAAGCCUAGAAAACCAUUGGAUUCUGUUGGUCACUUAAGAGAUGAUAGAAAUAAAAGGAACAAAAGGACACAAAUCCCAUAAUUUUCCAUGACACAGAAUAUGUACAAAUGUUACUUUUAACAAAAAAUAGAUUUUCUUCUCAUCUUUUAGAAAAUGAAAACAUUUACCGUAAAGGAACAAAUUUUGUUUUAGAAAAAAAUUGUGAAAUCCUCAAAUCUAUAAUUGGCGAUCAAUCUGUUUCUCUUAUCAAACCCCAAAAAACUAUGCUUACAGCACGGAGAAAAGCUAUACAGAUCCCCAUGUCUUUUAAAGCAGACCACACAAUUGUAGAUGAUAAACUAAAGAAGAAAACUAAUAAGCAGACACUAGAAAACAGAUCUCGGAAUACACUUUAUAAUUUCUCACUGAAUUUUUCUAGCCUAACAAAACAAUUUGUGUGUUACCUUGAUAAAGCUGUUAUUCAAGAAAUGAGUGUCCAAACUGGAAAAUUUGAAAGAAUGUUUUCUACAGAAAAACCAAUGAGCAUACCUAUAUCCAGUGCCUCACCUGACAAAUGUUACUCAAACCCUUUUAAAAAUAUAUAUAAAUUGAAUAAUGUAACACCACUGGAUAAUUUGUUAAACUUGUCAAGUGAAAUUUUAAAUGCCUCAUAAAAUACCAUGUAUGCAGCAAUAUUUGAGUAACAAGAAGCAAAUAUCCAAAUUCCAAAAUUAUAAAAGAAAUUCUUCUCCAGAUAGUAAUGUCCUAAAUGAUUAUAUAAGAAAGCAAAACAUAGAAAUUAGAAUUACAAGCCAGCAGUGGUCUAUUCAAGAACAAUAAACAGUUUUAGUAAAUAACAGGACAAAAUUAGAAAAUAAUUAUUACCAAGGGGAUCUGGUUCAUUACUUUCUAUUAUCUCAGUUAGAUUGCUCAACCAUCAGCCUUCCUAUACUAAAGUCUGACUCAUGACCAAGAACGGCAUAGACUGACUCUGGAAAUGCGCUGUUGAAAGCUAAAUAACAUCAAUACCCUUGUUCUAUAAUUGAUAUCAAAUAAGAUAAAUGUACCAUUAAUUUAAUAAAUGUGGAGUUAACUGUAUAUCAGCAUUUCAGCCAAUCAUCAUCAAUAGUAUUACAUUAGUAAUUUAUGCAACUAAAAAAAGUUUUGUAAAACUUUAAAUAGUUUUUUCUUGUUGUUAGAUGUUGGAACUUCAUUACUAUACAAUGUGUUUUUGCAAACUUUAACCUUUUUUUCUGAAUUGUUAAAUAAAAUAAUAACUAUAGUUAAUCUAAAUAAUUUUGGUAGCAAAUCCUGCAAGGUAUUAAACAUUUUAAAACAUUGUUAUUUUACUGUUUCUCAUUAACUCAAACUGUAUAAAGGCAGAAUUCAACUUAGAAACAAAAGUUGCAUUUUGAAAGUUUAUUUGAAAUCCAUUUGUUUGGAAUUCAGAAAUAUAUUUCACAUAAAAAUAAUUUUGGAAGUAAUAAAUUUCAGAAUUACCUAAUAAAA